UCCUCAGGUGGAGCUGCUGCUGCUGCACACGUCACUCUGUGGAGGUCGUGUCGCUGUUUUAUACCAAGAAAAACUGAACCAGUGAAAAUGGAGACAAAGUGGAGGGUCGAGGUCUGAGACCAUCAGAGGAGACAUGUUGGAGGAGAGGCAACUUCUCAGGAGACACGAGUAGGUACAUGUGCAGUGAGCGACAGCAAAGCAGUUCAGGGCACGAGCCAAAGGAGCACACACCCACCAGCAGAGAGCAAGACUGCAUUAUUCAACGGAUCCUCUUCUCCACAAGUCCUCUGGGCCAGUGACUCAUCCCCUCUGCACCUCUUGCUGAGCCAUUAUUGCCAUGGAAACCCCGAGCCAGAAACGCACCAGCCGCGGUGCCACCGUCACCGUCUCGCCUGCCCGCAUCACCAGGCUGCAGGAGAAGGAGGACCUGUGCAACCUCAACGACCGUCUGGCGGUGUACAUCGACAAGGUGCGCUCGCUGGAGUCUGAAAAUGCCGGGCUGCGUAUGCGCAUCACCGAGUCCGAGUCCUCCGUCACCCGUGAUCUGUCGGGCAUGAAGGCCGCCUAUGAGACGGAGCUGGCCGACGCCCGCAAGACCCUGGACCAGGUGGCCAAGGAGCGAGCGCGCCUGCAGCUGGAGCUCGGCAAGAUCAGGGAGGAGCACAAGGAGCUGAAAGCCAGGAACAGUAGGAAGGAGUCGGACCUGGAGGCGGCUCUGGCCAGGCUGAGGGACCUGGAGGCCUUGCUCAACUCUAAGGAUGCUUCACUCAAUACUGCCCUGGGGGAGAAGCGGAACCUGGAGGCUGAGGUGAAGGACCUCAGGGCCCAGCUGGCCAAGUUGGACGGAAACUUGGCCGAUGCCAAGAGGCAACUGCAGGACGAGAUGUUGAGGAGAGUGGACGCGGAGAAUCGCCUGCAGACCCUGAAGGAGGAGAUGGAGUUCCAGAAGAACAUCUACAACGAGGAGUUACGUGAAUCCAAGCGCCGCCAUGAGACUCGCAUGGUGGAGAUUGACGGCGGGCGGCUGGAUUUCGAGAGCAAGCUGUCCGAGGCCCUGGCUGAGCUGCGAGCCCAGCACGAGGAUCAGGUCCGCAUCUACAAGGAGGAGCUGGAGAAGACCUACCAGUCCAAGCUGGAGAACGCCCGUCUGUCAGCUGACAGCAACAGCCACAUGGUGGGAGCCGCCCACGAAGAGCUGCAGCACACGCGUGUUCGACUGGAGAGCAUGUCAGGACAGCUCAGCCAGCUGCAGAGACAGCUGUCGGCGAGCGAGGCCAAGGUGCGCGAGCUGGAGGAGGCGCUGACGCGGGAGCGGGACCUGAUGAGGCGGCGGCUGGAGGAUAAAGAGCGUGAGAUGGCUGAAAUCCGAGCCCGCAUGCAGCAGCAGCUGGACGAUUACCAGGAGCUGCUGGACAUCAAACUGGCCCUGGACAUGGAGAUCAAUGCGUACAGGAAGCUGCUGGAGGGAGAGGAGGAGAGGCUGCGUCUGUCUCCCAGCCCUCCACCCACCAAGGUCUCGAUUACACGAACCUCUGGCUCAAGCCACAGCCACACCAGCCGCCUGCUCCAGUCCUCCGCCACCGCUUCCAGCAGCCGCAACUCCUCUGGUGCGGCCAGUUCCAAAAAGCGCCGCCUCAACGACAAUGACAGCGAGACGUCCAGCAUGGCGGGCGGCACCGUGACCAAGACUCGCAUCAGCCAGCACGCCUCAGCCAGCGGCCGCAUCACGGUGGACGACGUUGACCUGGAGGGGAAGUACAUCCGUCUCAACAACAAGGCCGACGAGGAUCAGCCACUUGGCAACUGGCAGGUGAAGAGACAAGUCGGGAGCACCACCCCGAUCGUCUACAAGUUUCCCCCGAAGUUCACCCUGAAGGCCGGAGGAACCGUGACCAUCUGGGCUGCAUCUGGCGGCGGAAGCCACAACCCUCCCACUGACCUGCUGUGGAAAACCCAGAACUCUUGGGGCACCGGCGACCUCCUGCAGACCAGCCUCAUCAGUGCCAACGGAGAGGAAAUGGCCAUGAGGAAGGUGACCCGCACCCUCUUCCACGAUGCUGAAGAGGAUGAUGACAUGGGCGCUCACA